UGUUUCAUCCUCCUCAUAUUAUUCACCACACAAGUGAGUUAAGUAACAUAACCAAAUCUCUCUCUCUCCGAGUCCAUCUCUAGUUUAUUAACGAGAUGGAUGACCGGAGAGCUGAAGAAAAUGUUGACGCCGGCCAAUCUGUCAAAACCAUUGCGGACUUCGAUCCUGCACCCAAACCUAAGAGAAACAAGUAUGCUUUUGCCUGUGCUAUGUUGGCUUCCAUGACUUCUAUCCUACUCGGUUAUGAUAUUGGUGUAAUGAGUGGGGCAUCGAUCUAUAUCAAAGACGACUUCAAGAUCUCCGAUGAGCAGGUCGAAGUUCUUGUCGGAAUUCUGAAUCUCUACUGCCUCAUCGGUUCCGCUGCCGCCGGAAGGACGUCUGACUGGAUCGGACGUCGGUAUACCAUAGUCCUCGCCGGUGCCAUCUUCUUUGCCGGAGCUCUUCUCAUGGGGUUUGCCACCAACUACUCCUUCCUCAUGUUCGGGAGGUUUGUUGCUGGAAUCGGGGUUGGUUAUGCCCUCAUGAUUGCCCCUGUCUACACCGCCGAAGUCUCUCCGGCGUCGUCUCGUGGUUUCCUCACAUCUUUCCCUGAGGUGUUCAUCAACGCCGGAAUCUUAUUGGGUUACAUAUCCAACUGGGCUUUCUCCAAGCUCGCACUUAACCUAGGCUGGCGUCUCAUGCUCGGCGUCGGCGCCAUCCCCUCCGUUUUCCUCGCCAUUGGCGUCUUAGCCAUGCCGGAAUCCCCUCGAUGGCUCGUCAUGCAGGGCCGCCUCGGAGAAGCCACGCGAGUCCUCGACCGAACCUCAGACUCCAAGGAAGAGUCCAAACUCCGACUCGCCGACAUCAAAGAAGCCGCCGGAAUCCCUGAACACUGCAACGAAGACGUCGUUGAAGUCCCAAAACACAGCCACGGUGAAGACGUAUGGAAAGAGCUCAUCCUCCACCCCACCCCUGCCGUCCGUCACAUUCUCAUCGCCGCCGUCGGUAUACACUUCUUCCAACAAGCCUCCGGUAUUGACGCCGUGGUUCUCUACAGCCCUAGAAUCUUCAAAAAGGCUGGAAUCACGAACAAGGACAAGCUCCUCCUGGCCACCAUCGGCGUCGGAUCCGUCAAAACAAUUUUCAUCCUCGUCGCCACUUUUUUUCUAGACCGACUAGGACGCCGCCCUUUGCUUCUUAGCAGCAUGGCGGGGAUGGUAGCCUCACUUGGCUGUCUCGGUUUUGGCCUCACCAUCGUCGACCACAGCGAAGAGAAGGUCAUGUGGGCCAUCGUGCUCUCCAUUACCAUGGUUCUAGUCUUCGUCGCCUUCUUCUCCAUCGGAAUGGGUCCCAUCACUUGGGUCUACAGCUCCGAGGUCUUCCCGUUAAAGCUACGAGCUCAGGGGUGCAGUAUCGGAGUCGCCGUCAACAGAGUCGUGAGUGGGGUAAUCUCAAUGACAUUUAUAUCACUGUACAAGGUCAUUACUAUUGGCGGAGCAUUCUUUCUCUUCGCCGGAAUUGCGGCUGUCGGAUGGGUGUUCUUCUAUACAAUGCUGCCGGAGACACAAGGGAGAACCCUUGAAGAUAUGGAGGUCCUUUUUGGGAAGUUCCACAAGUGGAGAGAGGCCAACGCCUUACUCAAGAAUAAGCAUGUGAAUCCUAAUAGUACUGGAAACGACACCGCCGGUGGUCAGGUUCAGUUAGGUUCAAAAACGCAAGAGUAGGGUACGGUUGGUGUAAAUUACUAGAUUAGAAGAACCGUCUGAUGGGUUUGAUCUGUAAAUUACUGUGUUAGCGCGGAUUAUAAAUCACCGUCAUAUACAGAAGCUUAAAUUUUUAUCAGAAAGCAAUGUUACGUAC